AUAAAACAUUGCAGCGGAGCGGAUGGAGCAGAUUCAGUAGAAUAACGAAGAGUUUUUUGUUUUAACAUUAAAAAUGGACCGCUUUUCAUGGUCAAAUGGGCUUUUGGAAAUAAACGAAACUCUAGUGAUCCAGCAGCGAGGCGUCAGACUGUAUGACGGUGAUGAUAAGGCUAAACUGGAUCUUGGAGUUGCCUUGUUGAGCACCCAUCGGUUGAUCUGGAGGGACGUUAAAAAUCAUGAAUGCUGCAUAGCCAUGCCUCUGUCACAGAUCAUCUUCUUUGAGGAGCAGGCUGCAGGAAUAGGAAAGAGUGCAAAAAUAGUUAUCCACCUGCACGCAACACCUGCCAACAAGGAGCCAGGUCCCUACCAACACAGCAAGUACUCCUUCAUCAAGCUGUCCUUCAAAGAACAUGGGCAGAUUGAGUUUCACAGGAGGCUAACAGAAGAAAUGACUCAGAAGAGAUGGGAGAAUACCCCAGUCUCACAACCCAUCUCCACAGGAACCAGUUCUAAAGCAGGAAGGACACGUGCCGUGGGGAUUGUUGGCAUUGAGAGGAAGAUAGAAGAGAAGAGGAAAGAAACAGACAAAAACAUUUCUGAGGCCUUUGAGGACCUCAGUAAGCUGAUGGUGAAGGCCAAAGAGAUGGUGGAGUUGUCCAGAUCUAUAGCCAACAAGAUCAAAGAAAAGCAGGGAGAUAUCACAGAAGACGAGACAAUACGGUUUAAGUCGUACCUACUGAGCAUGGGUAUUGCUAACCCUGUAACCAGAGAAACAUAUGGCUCAGGUACACAUUACCAUAUGCAGCUGGCUAAGCAGCUGGGAGACAUGCUGCAGGCCCCUUUAGAGGAGCGUGGUGGCAUGAUGGCGCUCACUGAGGUGUACUGUCUCGUCAACCGUGCUAGAGGAAUGGAGCUUUUAUCGCCUGAAGAUUUGCUAAACGCAUGCAAGAUGUUUGAGUCAUUGAAGCUCCCUUUGAGGCUACGUGUGUUUGACAGUGGUGUGAUGGUGGUCCAGCUGCAGUCUCACAGCGAAGAGGAAAUGAUCGCCUCUGCACUGGACAAUGUUUCAGACAAAGGCUCUUUGACAGCAGAGGAGUUUGCAAAGCUCUUGGGUCUCUCCGUUCUUCUGUCAAAAGAGCGGUUGUUGCUGGCUGAGAAGAUGGGCCACCUGUGUAGAGAUGACUCUGUUGAGGGUCUGAGAUUCUACCCAAACCUCUUUUGACCUAUUGACAGCCAUUAUUGUUCAGGGAAAAAAAGGAACUUCAACUGGGCUGCACUGUCUUUGCUGAUAGACUGAUGCACUGCCACUACAUGUACAUACUGGUGUACAGAAUCAGAGUACCUGCUGUACUUUAAGCACCAUAUUGCACCAAUCUAGUAUGGUCAUUUUUAAUGGUUGGUGUUCUGCUUUUGGUAGAUCCCUACAAAUCCACUGUCGUCCACUAUUUUCUAUCUAGUAUACUAAUGCUAGACUCUGUCUUUAAAGUUUAUCAAGGAGAUACUUGCAAAUACUGUACAUGCAGCAAAGUGUUUACUAAUAAAUGGGUUUGGAAA